AUGACGGGGGAGUUUCCCGCCGAAGUCAUCGCGGAACUCUUCCCGCGCGUCGCGCUUUACGCGUUCCCUCCGGCGGGCUUCGCCUUCGACCGCGAUCGCGACCGAGUGACCGAGGGGGAGAUUCGCAUCCUUCUCGACGCGGCCUCUAAGAAGCGCUCGGCUCCGGGCCCGAACGGCGUGCACUACCGGAUCCUCGGCAGAUCCGUCGAGGUGAUGUGUUCGCGUCUUUCAUCGCUCUACACCGCGUGUUUCGAGGAGGCGUCGUUUCCGAAGCAGUGGAAGUUGGCGAACCUCGUGCUGCUAGAAAAACCGGGUAGGGACCCGUCGAAGCCCGGCGCUUAUCGGCCGAUUUGCCUUCUCGACGUGGAGGGUAAGUUGUUCGAGCGCGUCGUCGCGUCGCGGAUAAUCGGUCACAUGGGGGCGGACGGAGGGAGGAACGACCUCUCUCCGAAUCAAUACGGCUUCCGGUUGUGCCGUUCGACCAUCGACGCGCUCGUUCGGAUGCCGGGGUCCACGUCGUCGCGAACGUCUUUCGGCGGCGUCGCGAUCGCCGUUUCCAUCGACAUCAAAAACGCGUUUAACACGGUACCUUGGUGUGCGAUAAAAGACGGGCUAACGUCGAAGUCCGUGCCCGAUUGUCUCGUGUCGGUGAUAGGGUCCUUCCUCUCGGAGAGGAAGAUCGCGUACGAGAAACCGGACGGAACGACGGGAAGGGCGGACGUGUUCUGCGGCGUGCCUCAGGGAUCGGUUCUAGGACCAGUCCUGUGGAACGUCGCCUACGACCGCGUCCUCAACCGGACCGUUCUUCCCGAUGGCGUAUCGUUGACUUGCUACGUCGAUGACACUCUGCUCCUCGCGACCGGUCGCGGGUGGGCAGAGGUUCGCGAACGCGCCGAAGCGGGACGGUGGAGGCCAUCCGGGACACCGGUCUCCGGGUGUCUCUGCCGAAGACGGAAGCUUGCGGGCUUCAUCGUCCGCGAAACCCGCGUCCUCGCGACUUAUCGUUAA